UCACUCCCUCUCUCUCUCUCCCUACGCACACGCACGUACACACAAACACUCUCACACACACGCUCCAAGCAGCUGAGCCGUUGUCAGUCUUGGAAUGUCGUCGCUGCCGGCGGGAGUCAGACGCUCGGCUGCUAAGCACCACUGAGGAGCAGGAGAAGCAUCGCUGCAUCCCGCAGGCUACGCAAGCAUCUUGGUGUUUGGCUUCAGCGUGAGGAAUACAAUGCGUGUUGCGCUCGCACUACCUUGCAAGUGUCAAAUCCGAAGCUCCUCUCCGUAAUUCCCAAGUGGUCAUUUUUCCCGGCCGACUCGGAUACCAUGCUCGUCGGCCAGACGAUCCUGACUCUGUGCGCCCUGUUGCCCGCAACGGCACUCCCUCUAGUCCCUGGAAAUAUCGGCAAUGUGUUUGGAAUGUCAGAGAGCGACGGCAGGAUUCUGCAACGUUCCAAGAGGGGAUGGAUGUGGAAUCAAUUCUUUCUGAUGGAGGAAUACACAGGAAACGACCAUCAGUACGUCGGCAAGCUGCACUCCAACAUGGACAAAGACGACGGUACUGUCAAGUAUGUUCUGACGGGAGACGGCGCCGGCACACUUUUCCUGAUUGACGAAAAGUCGGGGGACAUCCACGCCACCAAGAAGCUGGACCGCGAGGAAAAGGCCAUGUACACACUCCACGCCAAAGUACUGGAUCGCAACACUAACGAAGAACUGGAGCCAGACACUGAGUUCAACAUCAAGAUCCAUGACAUUAAUGACAACGCGCCCAAGUUUGAGCAGGACAUCUACUUCGCCAGAGUGCCGGAGAUGUCUGACGUCGGAACCUCCGUGGUGACCGUGACAGCGACGGACGCCGACGAUCAAACGUACGGCAACAGCGCCAAGCUAGUCUACAGCAUUCUCCAAGGCCAACCCUACUUUUCUGUGGAUUCCGAGAAUGGCACUAUUAAGACAGCACUACCGGGCAUGGAUCGGGAGGUCAAGGAGAACUACCAGGUGGUGAUCCAGGCCAAGGACAUGGCCGGACAGAUGGGGGGUCUCUCGGGAACUACUACGGUCAACAUUACCCUCACUGAUGUCAAUGACAGCCCGCCGCGCUUCGCCAACCACAUCUUCCGCAUCACCGCCUUGGAGUCGGCGGAGAUCGGCGCCGCCAUCGGCCGGAUUAAAGCCGACGACCCGGACGUCGACCGCAACGCCGAGAUGGAAUACAGCGUGGUCGGAGAUAGCGACAACUUCAACAUCGUCACGGACAAGACUACGCAGGAGGGCAUCGUCAUCAUCAAACGGGCGCUCGAUUACGAAACCAAACGGGACUAUGAGUUCAGGGUGGAAGUGAGAAACACCUACCUCGAUGCAAGGUACAUCCAGGGUCUGUACUUCACGGACUUUGCCACCGUCAAGGUCACGGUAGAGGACGUGGACGAGCCCCCCGUUUUCACUCAAAACCGUUACUUCAUUGAGGUGCACGAGGACACGGCCGCCGGUAGCUUCGUGGGGGUGGUGUCGGCGCAGGACCCUGAUUGCGAAAACAAGAUGGUCAAAUACGCCAUUGAUCGUCACACCGACCUCGAGAGAAUCUUCAACAUUGAUUCUUAUAAUGGCACCAUUACAACCAGAAAAGCUCUGGACAGAGAAAUGUCCAAAUGGCACAAUAUCUCAGUGACGGCAACGGACAUGAACAACCCACAUCAUGUUGCCAGAGUGGCAGUUUUCAUCAAAGUGCUGGACGUGAAUGACAACGCUCCCGAGUUUGCUAUGUCCUACGAUACGUUUGUCUGCGAGAAUGUCAAAGCCGGACAGUUAAUUCAAACAAUCAGUGCCGUGGAUACAGACGAGCCACUGGUUGGACACAAGUUUCUUUUUAGCAUAAAAGCAGAGAAUCCAAACUUCACCAUUAAUGACCAGGAAGAUAACACCGCCAAUAUCCUGACACGGCGGGGAGGCUUCAGCCGGCGCGAGAUGAGUGUCUAUUUUCUGCCUGUGGUUAUUUCAGACAGCGACUACCCCGUCCAGAGCAGCACCAGCACACUAAUCGUGCGCGUUUGUGCUUGCGACAGCCGUGGCAACAUGCAAUCGUGCAACCCUGAGGUCCUGCCCUUCUCCGACGGGCUCACUACUGGCGCCCUGGUGGCCAUAUUGCUCUGCGUCAUCAUUCUGCUCAUGAUUGUGGUUCUGUUCGCGGCCCUAAAGAAGCAACGAAAGAAAGAGCCUCUCAUCAUCUCCAAAGACGACGUUCGAGAUAACGUGGUCAGCUACAACGACGAGGGCGGCGGUGAGGAAGACACUCAAGCCUUCGACAUCGGCACGCUACGCAACCCGGAGGUGAUGGACGCCAACAAGUUGCGCAGGGACAUCAUCCCCGAAAUGCUCUUUUCCUUUCGGAGGACAUCCCCGAUAAAGGAUAACACGAACGUCAGAGACUUCAUCAACGGGAGGCUUCAAGAAAACGAUUCCGACCCCACCGCGCCCCCUUAUGACUCGCUGGCGACGUACGCGUACGAAGGCAGCGGCUCGCUGGCGGAAUCGCUCAGUUCGCUGGAGUCCGCCGCCACCGAAGGGGAUCAGGAGUAUGAUUACCUCAGCAGCUGGGGACCGCCGUUCAAGAAGCUGGCGGAAAUGUACAUCGGGAGAAGCCCGGAUCGGGAGACCUAGACAGAUCUCCGUUCGGUCUGAUUACGGCGAGCUAGCCAGACCGACUCUUUGCUGGCUUGCUAACUAGCAAGUCUGCCGCCAGCCUACCUAUGUAUCAAGCGAAUUAUCUGUUCAUGUCCGAUGCCCUAGCUAGUGCGCUAGUCCACUAGUUGUCUGUUUGACCCUCACACGUGCACUGAAGGUCAACAGGGAUUAGAACUUGACUGGGGCGGUCCGGUUCUCCGAGUUUUACUGUUUUUUGGUCAUAAUAAGUAAAGAUGCCUUUUGACUUUUAGGACUUUUUUGUGAACAAUGGCGUGGAAAUGUGUUUUGUAAGUGAGCAGAGCGCUAGCAGUAUUGUAUCCUCUCAAUGUUUAAUGGCGCCGGAUUGUGUUUGGGAGCCCAGUCACUCCAAGGAAAAAGUGUACAUGUACAAAGUGUUUUUCAACAUCCUAUAUAAUCUUUGCUAUUAUUUGUCUGACGAGCAAUGUCCAUGUGAACGGUCGGUGCAGUUAAUUUGUCAAACUGGAGUCAUUUCAUUACGUAGGCGUAACAUGUAACCAGAAAAGUGUACGUUGUAGGAAAACACUGGAUUCAUGCCGCUUGAAUGCCGAGUCAUAUUGUUUUAUAUUUAUAUUUUUCUACUUAUUUUUGUAAUAAAAUGAAGAAAAAGUU